AUCCAUUCUUCUUUCAUCUCUCUCUCUCUAUAUAUAAUGCCACCAUUCAAUUAAGUAGUGGCCUUCCUUUAUUGUAACUUGGCUUAUCUAUCUAUCUAUCUAGGCCUCUAGUAACCUAACUCUAUACAUUUCUUCCACCUAUUUUGGCUAUUUCCCCUUCCUAGCUACAAAUUAAAUGGAGGAAUCCAUGACUAACUCAAUGAAUGACAAUACUAAAGCUGAUGACCUUCUUCUCCUUUCUUCUUCCCCUAAUGAACAAACAAUUCUUGAUUCUCCAGAAGAGAGCAGUUGGACUUUCUACAUGCAGGACUUCCUAAACGACCAUCAAAAUCAAGAUCACGACGAUGAUGAUAAGCGAGAAGAAAGUACUACUCAUCACCAUCAUCAUUAUCCUCAUCAUGACCAUGAUGUUUCUGAUGCAUUUUCAUCAUCAGGUAAAAUGGCUUGUUGUGACAUAUUGAUGAAUACUACGAGUUCUAGGCCAGCAUUAAAGUUUAUAACUUCGAUCGCAAGUAACACCAAGCAGUUCAGUCCAAAGAAAAGAAAACCUCAUUUUGGAGCUUCCUCCUCAGUUAAUGAUCUUGAGUUGGAAGAUACUGCCAGUUCUCCUGCCAAUAGCCCCAAGGUAUCCUAUCUUAAUGAGCUCUAUUUCAGUCCAGAUGAGAAGAACAAAAUAAAGGCUCUGGAGGAGGGGAAUAACAUUAUUGGAAGAAAUGAUACCAGUGAAGGAAUGAGACUUCAAGAUGAAGAUCAAAUUAACAAUAAUAAUGAAUCCGACUUGAAGAAAAAGGGGUUAUGCUUAGUUCCUGUAUCCAUGUUAAGGAACUACUUUGUUUAAAGUUUAAUUGGCCAUCAAUCACGUCCAUGUCUUUCUCUUUCCCCCCACUUCCCUAAUUACUUAUGUACAUGGUUAAAUGUUCUUGAAGAAGGAAAAUGAUAUUAAUUUGCUGACUUUUUUCCUCUUUCAAAAACUUUAUAACUCUCUCUAUCCAUAUUAAUUGUUCCAAUUUUAUAAUACUG